UUUAUCACAGGAUAUAUUCCUGGCUUCAACAAUAGGUUUGGUCUAUCCUUUAUGAGAGCUGUGGAAGCUGGUGCCAAAGAAUGGCACGAAGCACAAAUGAAACUGAGAGCGCAACGAGAUGCGAUGAGGGCUCAUGCCGAGCGGACAGAUCCGAGAAAUCUUCUGUCCCGAGCGAGAACCGACAAUGUGGACAUUGAGAUCGAUCACGGUCAUGACAAAGACAGAAGGACCUAUGAUUAUCAUGUCUCCCCAGAAAGACCGCCAAUUGUCGGUUAUACAGGCCACAUUCCAGGAGCAAAGGGAGAAGUCGCGCUUUCCAAGAGGUAUGCUCAAGCCGCUAGAAAAGGACUAGAACGUGUCCAAAGGGAACGUGAAGAAAGGCUCAGCAGGACUAAAGAUAUGAGCGCUGUUGAGAGAGUCCUUGACAAUGCGUAUCUCGACGAAACAGGACACACGCGUGCAUAAGAUGGCACAGGAAUAUGGU